UCACUAACACUAUAUUCAACAAAUGUCGAGUAUUGUCGAGCUACUUUAUAGAGUGUAUCUAAAAACUGGUUUGUUACGUACUUGUGCGACGCUUAUGAGGCGAAUUGUUUGUGUUUAAGUUAGUGUAAGACGAUAAUGACAUUUCUAAAAAUGUUACGAACGGAAUAAGAUUUCGUUUCGCAGUAAUAAGGCCGUGUUGACAAACCCAAGGGGCUUGUCUUGUAAACGCACUGAAAAUGUUACCGGGAAUUGGGGUUUUUGGGACUGGAGCUAUAGCAAAAGUUUUGGUGCCAUUCUUAAGAGAAAAAGGGUUUCCAGUAGAAGCUAUAUGGGGUGUUACACUUCAGGAAGCUGAGCUAGCUGCAAAGGAACUAAAGAUACCAUUUUUCACAAAUAAAAUAGAUGAUGUUUUGCUGAAAAAGAAUGUGAGCUUGGUAUUUAUUGUGUGCGCGCCAAAUUUACACGCCCAAAUAUCAGUUAAGGCUUUGGGUAUUGGAAAGCAUGUAGUUUGUGAUAAACCUGCAGGGCUAUGUCAGGCAGAAGCCUUAAAAAUGGUGCGAGCUGCACAAUACUACCCCAGUCUUAUAUCCAUAGUCAAUCAUUCUCUACGGUUUUUACCGGCAUUCAGCCACAUGAGGAAAUGCAUCCAUGAAGGUUACUUAGGUAAUCCAGAUGAAUUGAGUCUUGUAGAUGUACGAGUACAAAUGGGUCCUUUGAUAGGGGAAACAUACAACUGGUUGUGUGAUGAUACUAUGGGAGGAGGGACACUGACAUUAGUUGGUAGUCAUGUUAUAGAUUUAGUUUCAUACCUGACCGGACAGAAAGUUGUCAAGGUACAUGGAGUCCUAAGAACUUUUGUGGAAGAAACUAGUAAAGUUAAUGGCAUUAGGAAGAUAACAGCUCCAGACUUCUGCACAUUCCAAUUACAAAUGGAUAAAGGGCUAUUAGUAACUGCUACACUGAAUAACCAUUUGCCUGGACCAUGCUUCAAUCAAGAAAUUUAUGUGUGCAGUAAGAAAGGUUAUCUGGUUGUGAAAGGAGGUGACUUGCAUGGUAAACUGCACAAACCCAAUGUGAAGUUUACAGAGGAUGAAGGUAAAAGGCCCCAUGGUCAAGAAGAGGUCAUUUAUGUUGAUGUUGAAGAUUUGAGUUGUGCAUCAAGUGUUGUCCCAAAACCUUACAUAAAAGGCCUAUGUAAAAUGAUAAGUGCCUUAAAAGAAGCCUUUUUACCCGUCAAGGAGCAAAUGGACUGGGUCAAAGAGCCUGUGAAGGCUGCAGCCACAUUUGAGGAUGGGCAAAGAGUCCAGGCCGCAAUGGAGGCUUUACGUCAAUCAAAUGAAGAUGGCUGCUGGAUAUCAGUACAGUUACUAACAGAACCUCCGGACCCAAACCCAGCCUUAUCGGCUGCUGUGAGACGCACAGCCAUAUCUUUACAAUAGUUUUGCAAUUUAAAUGUAUUGAUAUGCCAUCAUCAUGUACCUUUUACUGCGUAAACAUUAGCUAUGUUGCAUAUAUUAGUCAAAUAAGUACUUAGCUAUUAAGAUUCAAUAUGUAAUAUGUCUCAGUAUUAAUAUUGAAUAACCUAUGAAGUGGUUAGUCACAAGAUUCUGUAACCAUUGUGUUUAUUUUAAGUGCAUUUAACCUUAUUUUAAAGCUUGCCAUGAUUAUGUAAAUAUAGUCAUAUUUGUCGAAGGAUGUUGUCCUUCUUGUACUGCACUUAGAUAGUCACAAUUUUAAUUAUUAAUUUUGUACUUAAUUUUAUACAUUUUCAUAUUUCUAGGCAAACAAAACGCUAUAUAAGAUAUUGUAUUUACUGUGAUUUAAAGUUAGUGCUUAAUUAUGUAUGAUUAUAAAAUCAGGUUGUACAAAGAUUGUCUAAAAUUAAAACAAUAUUUUACUAUUUA